UAUCACUUUUGUAAGUCAUUCAUUUUAGAAACCUUAAACCUCUAAAUAAUAACACGGCUAAAAACUAAAAUGCGAACAAUGUACGAAGUUCUUGCGAUCACACCAUUGAUACAGCUACUAGAGAAACAAAGAGACGUGGUAACUCAUGUAGUUAACGAUUUGAACUGUAUAAUAUAUGAAUGCAAGUUGUGGUUGAACACAGAAGAUACAAAAAACAAAACAUUUCUUCAAAUGAUGCAGUGUAUAGAAGACAUACAGACUUCUGCUUUAAAGACAUGUUCUUCUUUAUUUGAGAAAGCACAGCAAGAAGAUUUAGAAAAUAUGUCACUAUUGACCAGCCCGACUGAAAUUGAUUCAACUAAAGUACAGCAUGAGACUACAUGUAAGAUACAGGAGGAUACCAUGGACAGAGUUGUAAAUUCAAUAGAAGAUUUGAAUAUUUCUAAUUCUUCCAAUAAAACAAAAAUAGAAGAGUUAGAAAUCGCCACCAGAGAUUUAACAAUGAAAGCAAACGUCCAAGAAACUUCGUUGAAUAAAGUAUUAGAACAACUUUUGGUGCUCUCUUCAAGUGUAGAAGAUCUUGAUGGCAAAUAUAAGCGUUUAGAACUAAAGGGAAACAGCAAAACAAAAAAACCAAAGAUAAAGUCUCUUCACUAGCCGGAAGUGGGAAGCCUGUGGGAGGAAGUGUUCAACCGUCACAACCACCUAUAGCAGGUGGUAACUGGUGGGGAAAUGAAGUGAGUUCGUCAAGUAGUGGUCAUUACGGAGGUUGGGGUGGAUCUCAUGGAGGGAGAGGUAGUGGGGGCUGGUCAUGAGUUUGUUUUAUUACCGUACUGUAUUAAUUUCUAGCAUACCAUGAAGGAGCAGCGGCACACCAAUCUGCUUCUUUUUUAAACAUUACACGCCUGUAAAUGACAGCUUUAGUUUUGACAAUAUACGUCUAUAAAUAUAAAAGGCUUUUGUUCCAUUUGUAAUGCAUUUCGAUCUCAUAAUUAUGGUUAUUAUUAUGUUAAUAUUGUAUUGUAUUGCUAUACUCUUCACUUACUAAUUUUAACAUAAAUGCG